AUGCCUGUUCAGGUGCAUGACGCCCAUCAUGGGUGGAUUGCUUGUUCAAUGCAAAAUUGGACGGCACUGAAUUUUUUCACGCUAGCGGAAAACCGCCUCUGUUCUCCUAAUGUUGGUACAACCAUUGAGUAUUCAUCGGGGCCGUUGAUGGGAUCAAAAAAGGAACCUGAUUUGCUUUUUGUCGUAGAUCGACAAAUGUAUCCGACAUUUGCUAUCGAAGCAGGCUGGUCGGAGUCUGCCUCUCGCCUUAUUCACGAUAAAGAUCUCCUCUUGAAUGGUGCUCAGGGAGACACCCAGGUGGUUAUCACGAUUAAAUGGAGAAAGAAUACCCGCAACCAGGUUUCGGGAAGUCUGAAGGUAUGGCGAUGGGGGCAAGCUAACUCGCUCGAGAUGAUUAUCUUUCCUCGGCCUGCGAAUGGCCAUCUAGACGUCAUCGAUCUAACUCGCGGUGAAGUUUUUUGCUGGUCUAUCUUGCCUGGACGCAAUCCCAGCGAUAUUCUUCCCCUACAAUUGGAUGACUUGCGAAGUUUUGCUGCGGAUAGGCUGGAUAUCAUGGGAUUGACACAUACCUAA